UGGGCUUACCGGCGCAUCUGCAAAUGAACCGGGGAGCGUAAAGUUAAUGAAAGCUCCGCUGCGUUUUAAAUGAGAGGUGUGUCAGCUUUAUAGCAUGGUAUUGCAUGCUCUGCGCGCUUAUGGAUCCACACGAGGGCGAGUUUCAAACAUGCUGGCUGAAAGAUGAUGACAGUGGAGAUCACGACCAGGACCAAAGCUCACCGAAAGACAGUGAAAAGGAAAAAGCUGAAGACGACGACAAAGAACAGAACUCAACCAAGAAAAAAGUAAAUGGUGGUUCCAGGGGCAGGAGAACAUCCUCUUCAGUACAACUACACGUUUUGGUACUCCAGGCGCACCCCAGGGAGACCCGCAAGCACUCAGAGCUACGAGCAGAACAUCAAACAGAUUGGAAGCUUCGCCUCGGUGGAGCAGUUCUGGCGCUUCUAUAGUCACAUGAUCCGGCCUGGUGACCUGACAGGCCACAGUGAUUUCCACCUGUUCAAAGAAGGCAUCAAACCCAUGUGGGAGGAUGAUGCCAAUAAGAUGGGUGGGAAGUGGAUCAUUCGUUUAAGGAAAGGUCUGGCAUCUCGGUGCUGGGAGAAUCUAAUCCUGGCGAUGCUAGGGGAGCAGUUCAUGGUAGGAGAGGAGAUCUGUGGUGCUGUGGUGUCAGUACGUUUCCAGGAGGACAUAAUUUCCAUCUGGAACAAAACAGCAAGUGACCAAGCAACCACAGCUCGCAUCAGAGACACCCUGCGCAGAGUCUUAAACCUGCCUCCCAACACCAUCAUGGAGUACAAGACACAUACAGACAGCAUUAAGUAUGUAUGUCUCCCUGUUUUAUUAUUUUCUCUUCAGCCUUUCUCUGUCCUAAACACUUCCAUAAAUUUGCAUGCCUGUAAAAUUUUUCUCACUAGAGAGACAAUGUAGUAUUGAAACUGUAGUGUUUUCAUGUUUCUCCAAAGAAAACUAUUUAUAAAGUAAUGAUUGUUUCUCACAUUAAAUUUGACAGUAAUCAAGAUUAUAGUCAUAAUAUUUUCACUCAUAUUCGUUUUUGAUAGUUAUGUAAUUGAAUCGAUAUAUAAAGCUAAUAAGAAUGGACUAAUUUUCACAAUGAUUUGAUGGUGUAUUUUUAGAAAGUGUGAUCUAAGACAAAUUGAAAUGUGUGUGUGUAUGUCAUAUUUUAGGGUUAUUCUGGAUAACAUCUUUAUAAAGUGCAUUUUCUGUUGUAAUCAACAGUCUUUUAAAAUCUUAAGCAGAGAGAGGAAAACUUUGGAUUUUUAUAAGUGCUGUCAUUAAAUAACAGCUGCAAAGACAAUAAAUCAGAUUGUGUCAACAGCAAUGUGCAAAUGUCUAUUUUAAUAUGCCCACUGUGCAUAUUUGAUGUGAUUCUAGAGUAGUUACUGCACUGAAAAUGUACAAAUAACAGAAAUAGUAUUUUACUUUGAAUGAUGAUGCACUAUGUGGUCCUGUGG